AUGUCGUCCAACAACACCUCGGCCAGUGUCUCCAUCGAUAAGUUCGAUGGGGACAACUACUCAACCUGGUGUCGCUACAUGCGCGGCGUGUUUCUGACGAAGUCAGUCUGGUACGUCGUGAACCGCGAAACGUCUCCAACCUUCACCGACACGCGAGCUUCCGACGAGUACGUCAAGGCGAGCAACAUCGCGUUCGGGUUGAUGUUGCUCCACAUGGACGCCGACUACCACCAUGUGGUCGACAACUGUGAAGAAGCAUGGACAGCGUGGUCGCGGUUGAAGAUGCUCUAUGGUGGGUCGCAGAAGGCGGGACGCAUCUACCUCAAGCGCCAGCUGUUCAGCAUCAAGAUGGCGGAAGGUGCCAACGUCUUGCACCAUUGCAACGAAGUCUUGAACAUCGGCGCCAAGCUCAGCAGCAUCGGUGCCAAGAUGGAAGACGAAGACAUUGCGAUCUGCUUGCUGCUCAGUCUCCCGAAGAGUUUCGAGAACGUGGUUCUGAACUUGGAGAUGAGCAAUGCAGAGCUGCGCACGCAAGAUGUGGUCAAGGUGCUGACUAACGAGCACAUCAAGCGACAAGGCGAGAAGAUGACAACGGCAACGACAACGGUGAAGACUGAAGAUGCGACAAAGGCAUUCAGUACCGAGCGCAAGCCCUACCAAUGCACAUACUGCGGCAAGGUGGGGCACACGGCAGAGCGUUGCUGGACGAAGCAAAAGGAUGAAAGUCGAGGAGCCCAACGCGGCGGCAAUGGUCGUGGACGCGGGGCAAACAAUGUCCAGUGGCGACAUUAUGAUGAAGGCAACAGCUACGAUCGAGUGGCGUUUGCAGUUUCGUUCGAAUGCGGAGUUUCGACGAACAAGAAUGGACCAGGAAUGUGGGCCGUUGACAGCGGGGCAACACAUCACAUCUGCCACGACAAGUUCAAGUUUGCAAGCUUGGUCGAAGGCCAUGAUGGCGAGAUCCUGGUGGCUGAUGGCAACAAGGCGGCCAUCAAAGGUGUGGGGACCAUCGUGGAAAAGGUGAUUCUGCCAAACGGGGAAGAGCGCGAGAUCGAGAUCAAGAACGCGCUCUAUGUGCCCAGCAUGAGCAAAAAUCUGCUCUCGGUGCCGCAGAUUAACAAGCACGGCAACUUCCAAGUGGUGUUUGACGGGGAUACGAUGUACGUCGCUCGCAAGGAUUCCAACCAAGUGGUGGCAGCUGCGGAUCUUGUAGACGGACUCUACUGGCUUCGCACGACGCAGCGAUCGGCCAAUGCGACAUCACUCAGCAACGCUGUUGAUCUACAUGUGCGAAUGGGCCAUGCUCCAGUCGACGUGCUUCGCAGGAUGGUGACAAGCCACAUGAUCAAGGACGCUCACAUCCCUUCCAAGCCGAAUGGAUCAAGUGUGUGUCGAGGAUGCCAAGAAGGGAAGAUGGUCCAAAAACCAUUCCCGAGCAACCGUGACAAGCGCACCUACAACACCUUCGAGAUGCUCCACUUCGACAUCUGCGGACCCAUGGAAGAAAAAUAUCUGGGUGGCAGCAAGUAUCUGCUGCUGAUCGUGGAUGAAGCCAGCGGAUGCAUGAAGGGUUUUUGUCUGCAUUCCAAGUCAGAGAGCGAAGAGUGCAUCAAGAAGUACAUCACGAUGAUACAGACGCAGUUCAACAAGAAAGUCAAAUUUGUGCGACACGAUGGAGCCCGCGAGUUUGCGACGAACUCGCUCCAAGAUUUCUACGAAGUCGAAGGCAUCGAGCAACAAACCACGGUGCCAUACGCACAUCAAGCCAAUGGAACUGCUGAACGCGCGAUUCGAACUAUCGUCACCAUCGGUCGUAGCAUGCUCCAUCAUGCCAAGUUGGACAAGUGCUUCUGGGCUGAAGCGGCAAUGACGGCCGUCUAUGUGAAGAACCGUUUGCCGUCACCCAAGAUUCCACACAAGACACCGUUCGAGAUUGUCUACAAUUCUAAGCCAAGUGUCAAGCACAUGCGCGUUUUUGGGUGCCAAGCAUACAUCUUGACCCCGAAGGAGAAACGACUCAAGUGGGAUCCCAAGGCCCGGGCUGGAUUGUUUUUGGGCUACGAAGAAGUGUCCAAGGCGUAUCGAGUUUACGACAUCGAAGCGGGGCAGGUGAUGAUAAGUCGCGAUGUCAACUUCGAUGAGUCGGCCUUUGGAAUGUCGAUGCUGAUUUCCGAUGACGAUGUUGAUGGCCUGGACUUCGAAUCGAUCGAUCUUGAUGAUGAAGAACCGCGUCCGAGACACUUCAAACAAACAGGAAAGCGCAAGGCCCGACCCAGUCACGACAAUGACGACGCAAGCAUGCCCCGAGCAGUGCGCCAACGACCCGGAUUGGAAGAGUCAAGUGCGCCGGAUGACCUCUCUUCACGUCGAGCCAACGAAGAUGAAGAAAGGAAGUCGGAGGAACAACAUGACACACGGACUUCCUCCGCGUUUUGGCAUGCGAGUGCAAACGCCGUCGAAGCAGCGGUCGAUUUUUCGGAGCCGUCGACAUUUGAAGAAGCAGUGUCUGGCCCGGACCAAGUACACUGGCGCAAGGCAAUUGAUGCGGAGCUCGAUUCGAUGAAGCUUCGCGGUGUCUUUCGUGCGGCCAAGUUACCCAACGGACAAAGCGCCAUUGGCACAAAGUGGGUCUUCAAGAUCAAGCGCAAGGCGGAUGGGUCGAUCGAGAAAUACAAGGCACGACUUGUGGCCAAGGGUUUUCGCCAAAAGUAUGGCAUCGACUACACGGAGACGUUUUCGCCUGUGGUCAAGUAUGUGUUGCAUUGUAGAUCGGAGCGAGGAAAGCGGAGCGGAGAGACCGAAGAGAGUAGAGCAGAAAACACUUGCCCAAUAGUUGGAAGAUUCGAAAGUGAUUGA